GUCUGUUGGCAAGGCUAUCAUGGCGGCCGCAACGUGCCAGUGAUAGAUUUGCGAUCGCUGGAAGGUAGGACGUAUGUCCGGAAGCCCGGUGGGGACAUUCAAGUGUAUCACUCACUGUGUUCAUAAACGUAUCCUAAGUCGAUUGAACGACCACAGCCGACCGACUCAGUCACUCGCAGUCAUUCGAUUUCCGGCAAUCGCACGUGAAUUGACGGAGGUAGAUGCUGUUCACGGAUAAUAAUAUUCGGUUUAAACUAUUGAAGCAUGGUCAACGGGCAUGGAGCCGAAACACGUGCUACCGACGCCAUCAACGCAUUUGCAGUCAUUUGUGACCACGCCAGAAUGGCAUCUUCUGCAACUUUUUUGUUUCCUGAAGAUAUUUAAGAUGGCUAACAUCACGGUAUUUGAUGAGUUCAAAGAAAUUGUUUUUACUCUUAAUAGUCGCGGUAACUUGACCUUCAUUUCCUUGCGACAAUAUUUUCUAAAUGCUCAAGGUUUAUGUUAUUACGAUGAUGCUCAUAACAUGCAUGGCUUAACAGUUUCAUCUGGGGAAAUUAUAAUAAACCCUGAAGUAGAUAAAUAUGACGUCUUUAUUACCAAAGGUAUGAGUGUUUUCAUUUUAACACUUUUACAGUUGAAGGUAUGUAUCAAUAGGUCAAACUUGUUUCAUGAUUCAAUAUUACAUUACAAACGAUAUUUCAACAAUCAAAUCCUCGGAACGUAAGAGACGCCGAGUUGAUGAGAUAUUGCGUGAACUAUGUAGCAGUAGAGGUAAAAGUUCCGGUAAAGAAAAUCAACAUGAAAGUGAAGAGAAGAAGAUUAAAAUGAAUCAUUCCACAAAGGUAACUCGCCAUUUAUCAAAACAUCGAAGCAUCCAUGUAGGAUGGCUGCAUAAAUUGGGACCUGAUGGUAAAUACCUCCAGAUGAAGAAGCCUGUAGGUGGCAUCAAGGAAAUCACAUUGCGCACUUCACAGAAUUACUUAGUUGAAGAUAUAAAGGAUUUGGCCAUUCAGGCUUUUACAGUAAACAACAAUUGCCCCAAUCUUAAAAAGCUUCAGGUAAAACUUGGAUUUUUCGAUGGUACUGUGAUCACAAAAUUUCAAAAGCACGAUGGUGAAGCUUGUGAUUUAUGGACCUAUUGUAAAGUUAACGAUCGAAAAUAUCAUUUCUAUCUUUUAACCAUUGAAACUGAAAUUGUCCAAGCUCUUGCUCAAAAUGAAGAUAAAUUUGGCCGUGCAAUUUUAUUUAAUAAUGAUAGUUCAACUAAGGAUGAUACAAACUUUGACACAGAUUAUUCAUAUGAUCAAAGCAAAGAGAACAAUGAAUUAUCAAAUACCCAUGAUAUUGAAGCACAGAAAACCACUUACGUCAAUGAUAUCCAAAUUUAUUAUCAUUAUAUUCGACAGUCGAAAUAUUCAGGAUCAGCAUCAAUCAUGGAGGUCGAUAAGAAAGAUCUUUUUAAUAGAUACCAAAAUAAUUCUCACCAUCAAGAUCUUCUGUUUGGCGAUUUUGACCCUACAGACUAUGGCUUUCAAAUAAGCAAGAUAGUUAAAGAUGAUCGAGUUCUACUAGAUAUUCAGAUAGGAGAUGAUUUAAAAAGAAUAUACUCGUUUCCUUCAGCCGCUCCUGAAGCUAAUGAACAUGGUAUUUUACAUAACAUUGAUGAAAUCCAAGGGAAAUAUUACGGCAAGUUUGGUUUUGGCAUUAUUCCAAAAUGCACUGAUGAAUGUAACCCUACUUUUACAUGGUAUAAGGACGGGAAGGUAUUUAAAUCAGGGAAAUUUUUGUACUGGAUCAAUCAUGAUUUAAAUAUAUUGGACAAUGUGUUUAACAGUAAGUGGAGUUGUACUAUAAGCUGUGAAAAAUUGUCUUCAAUGAAGUCAGAUUCAGUUGAUAAUAAUGAACAUGCGAAAACUUCUAUCAUAAGUGCUUACCAAAAUGUUUCAAUGCCUAUCAUAAAACGGGAUCAAAUACAGUUAACUAGGACUAUAAUAGGAGCUGGUGCGCAAGGGACCGUUCGUAAAGGAAUAUGGCUUGCUACGAAUGUUGCCAUCAAAACGAUAAAACUUUGUACAUUAAAUACUAAGAAUUUGUUGAGAGAAAUUGAGUUGUUGGACCGCAUACGUCAUCCAAACAUCAUACAAGUUUUGGGAAUUUGUUUAGAAGCCAACCAAUUUCACAUUGUGAUGGAAUGUUUGGAUAGUUUCUCAUUGUCCGAUAUUAUUUUUGAACAGUCCACUAAGGAAGAGUUUAUUUCAACUACUGAAAAGAAAAAUCAAAUUGGAAUUCAGAUAUGCCAGGCAAUAACAUAUUUGCAUAGUCAAGAAAAUCCGAUCAUUCACAGGGAUGUAAAGCCAGAUAACAUUUUAGUGAGUAAGGAAUGUCUCGUUAAACUUUGUGACAUGAGUUUAAGUAAAUUUACCCAAAUGUGUUCCACAGUAAGAAGUACUGUGGGUACAAAAUCUUUGAAAGGAACUCCGCUUUAUAUGGCACCCGAAUUACUUCUUAAAAAAGGAGAAGCCACUGUACAUUCAGAUAUGUGGGCUUUGGGUUGUACGUUGAUUGAGAUGUAUAGUGAGAAGUUUGUAUGGGAUUUGAAUGAUACUGAUCUUAAAACAAGUUUGGAACAACAAUUAACAAAUGAAAAAGUACCUGAUAUUAAUGUAGUUCCUUUUCAACUCACAACUAUAAUCAAACAAUGUUUUGAUUACGAACCAAAGAAGAGACCACACGCCAUCGAUAUCGUCAAUGUUGAUGAAAGCAUCAACUAAAAAUUCGUGAUGUUAGCCAUCUUACCUAGUAUUAGACUAUGCUGACAUUUAUUUCGUAUUUUCUAUAUCAUAUUUGUAAUGCCUACAAACUUUUCAGUUGUUUACGCGCGUUCCUACUCUUUGUGAUAAUAUAACCCUUUCUUUGUAGGGAUCCACCACUUUGUAUCAGUGGGUUGUCAGUAGCUGACUAUACAAAAAAAAAGUUCAGUUUUUAUUUUGUAAAAGAUAAUAAUCUUAUUAUAGACAGUAUAAGAUUGCCUCGCAAGUAUGUGAAGACUGAUAUUUUUCUACAGCAGAUCUUUGCGCUGUUCUUUGUGAUAAAAGUUUCUGGAUGUACUUUUAAUUAUCUAAGAUUACUACGAAUACCGUACUUACCUGAUUAUUGAAAUAUAUUAAAAAAUAUAUUAUUGAAAAUAAAUACUUUUCCUAAUA